GAACCACGCUGCAGCCCCGGAGCGGCGGCGGCGGCGGCGGCGGCCGGGAGAUCGCUCCGGCGGCGGCUGCAGGGAGCGCGCCCCCGCCUCGCCUCGCCUCGCCUCGCCUUCAUGCCGCCAGCCCGGCUCCGCAGCCGGCUGCCCUGAGCCGCCCCAGCCAUGGGAGACGGCUGGCUCGCCCCAUUUUGCAACCCCCCCAACCGGUCCAGCUCCCCGCCGCCCGUGCCCCCCAGCAGCGCCUCCACCCUGCCCUACCCGCCGGGCAGCAGGCAGCUGCCCCUGGAGCUGCCCUCCCACCAGUGGGCGGUGGGCAUGGGCAUGCUGAUGGCCGUGAUGGUGCUGCUGAUCGUGGUGGGCAACGCGCUGGUGAUCGCGGCCAUCGGGCGCACGCAGCGGCUGCAGACCCUCACCAACCUCUUCAUCACCUCGCUGGCCUGCGCCGACCUGGUGAUGGGCUCGCUGGUGGUGCCCUUCGGGGCCACGCUGGUGGUGCAGGGCCGCUGGCUCUGGGGCUCCUUCCUGUGCGAGUGCUGGACCUCGCUGGACGUGCUGUGCGUGACGGCCAGCAUCGAGACCCUGUGCGUCAUCGCCAUCGACCGCUACCUGGCCAUCACCUCGCCUUUCCGCUACCAGAGCCUCAUGACCAAGGGCCGGGCCAAGGGCAUCAUCUGCACCGUCUGGGCCAUCUCCGCCCUGGUCUCCUUCCUCCCCAUCAUGAUGCAUUGGUGGCGGGAUGGAGAUCCCCAGGCUCUGGAUUGCUACCAGGACCCCAGCUGCUGUGACUUCGUCACCAACAGGGCCUAUGCCAUCGCCUCCUCCAUUAUCUCCUUCUACAUCCCCCUGCUCAUCAUGAUCUUCGUGUACAUCAGAGUCUACCGGGAGGCCAAGGAACAGAUGAGGAAGAUAGAUAGGUGCGAGGGCAGGUUCUAUUGCAGCCACCCCCAGCCUCCUGCUCAGGCCCAAUCCCACCAUCAGCCCAUCCUGGGCAAUGGCAGAACCAGUAGGAGAAGGACCUCCAGGAUCCUGGCCUUGAAGGAGCAAAAAGCCCUCAAGACCUUGGGCAUCAUCAUGGGUGUCUUCACCCUCUGCUGGCUCCCCUUCUUCCUGGUCAAUGUGGUCAAGGUCUUCAACAGGGACCUGGUGCCAGACCAGCUCUUCGUCUUCUUCAACUGGCUGGGCUAUACCAACUCGGCUUUCAACCCCAUCAUCUAUUGCCGCAGCCCUGACUUCCGCAAGGCCUUCAAGAGGCUGCUCUGCUGCCCCAGGAAAGCUGACAGGAGGUUGCACGCUAGUGCUGGGGAGCUCUCCCGGUAUGCAGGGAGCUUCAUCAAUACUUUGGGCACCCCAGAGCGCAGCCUCGGAGGGACGUGGUCCGAUUGCAAUGGGGGCACACAGGGAGGCAGUGACUCCAGCCUGGAGGAGAGGAAUAGCAAAAUUUCCUAUUCGGAAUCCAAGUGUUUCUCUAUAGGUUCGGAAGCGGUCCCCGGCUAGACUGGAAAGGACAGAGUUUGUUUUGCUCGGAAAUGUGGAUCAGGUUAACGAUACAGUCCUGUCUAAUGGCUUUUCCUGACACAAUAUUGUAAAAAAGAAAACAAAAAAAAACCUUUCUAGACCAAAUAAGGUUGUGUUCCUGUUACAGUGAGAGCUGCCUACUUCUCUUAAACUAAUGGCCAAAACAAGGUGUUUCCAGCCUAAUUUUGAAAACAUUCGUUUUCUUUAAUGAUGCCUACUUAGCUAUACCAAUCUUUAUUGUUAAGUGUACUGGACUGGGAGUCAGGAUACCUACUAUUUAGAAGUACAAAACUAUUUCAUUCUAUUUUGUUUGAAAGCUGAAAAUUCUCUGUCUAAUAGAAACUUAUGCAUUGUACUCCAUCAUAAAGUCAAUGAUACUCUUAGAAUAAUUUCACUUCACACGGAUGGGGUCUGAUCCUGUGUCACUGAACUCUCAAGGACUUUUGCCAUUGACUUCAGAGAGAGCAGGGUCAAGUCCCUAUUCUAUAUGGGCCAGAACCUAUUCCCACUGAAGUCUAUGGAGGUCUCCACUGAGUUCAGGGUAUCUAACUGGAGAUAUAAUUUUCAGGCUGUAAUGAUCUGAAACAAUUCCGGACUUUUGUUCUGCUGCAUUGUAAAAACACUUUCAAGCAAAAUUCACAAUGAGUUUGACGCUUCACACACUGGAAUCAAUGGGAGUAUUGCCCUUGUCUUUAAUGGUUGCAGGAUCAGGCCCCCUAAGUGGUUUCAACUCAGUGAAUCAGAUCUAAAGACUACUGAAGUUAGUGGGGAUCUUUUCUGUUGACUUCCAUGGGCUUUGGAUCAGGUCCUAUAUCACACAAGUUAGGUGACUGGUUUAAAAAAAAAAACUUUCUGUAGCUUAAACAAUUAUAUAUUGUGAAUAAAGCAAAGCGUAUGUGGCCCUUA